AUGGCAGCCGCUGACCUGAACGCCACGCACGCCCCGCCUGCCCAGGGCCUCGGCCAGCCACGCAAGGGGAACGUGGAGCGGGAGCAGGUGGUUGCCGGCCUUCUGCCAGCAUCGUCACAGGAAUCCGUGGACUUCAAGGAUGUGGCUGUGGACUUCACCCCGGAGGAGUGGGUGUUGCUGGACCCUUCUCAGAGAACCCUGUAUCGGGAGGUGAUGCUGGAGACCUACUGGAACCUGGCGUCACUCGGUGGCCAGGUGCGGCUGCGCGGGUGGGGGUGGACUGGCAGCCUCUGGGUCGGCGGCAGGUGGACGGAGAUGGACGGAAAGCCCCUGCUCUCCCCUCUCCCCUCGCAGCAGACGCCAGCGCCCUCGGCAGCGGCCAGGCCCCCCGAGAACGGCCCGUGGACAGAGGCGGCGCGCGGUGGCGCGGGCCUGACCUGGAGCCCCGGCCCGGCCACGGACGAGGAGAAGCCGCACGGGUGCGAGCAGUGCGGCCGCGGCUUCUACCACCUGUCGUCGCUGCGGCGGCACCUGCGCACGCACUCGGGCCAGAGCCCCUUCGCGUGCCCGCGCUGCGGCAACUCCUUCUGCCACCAGUCGUCGCUCAAGACGCACCUGCGGACGCACACGGGCGAGAAGCCCUUCACGUGCGGCCAGUGCGGCAAGCGCUUCAGCACUCGCUCCUACCUGACGGUGCACACGCAGAUCCACGCGGGCGAGAAGCGCUAUGCGUGCGGGGCCUGCGGCAAGGCCUUCAGCCGCAGCUCCUACCUGCGCGUGCACCAGCGGACGCACACCGGCGAGAAGCGCUACGCCUGCGGCGACUGCGGCCGCGUCUUCGGCCACUCGUCCAACCUGCGGCGCCACGUGCGCACGCACACCGGCGAGAAGCGCUACGCCUGCGGCGACUGCGGCCGCGUCUUCGGCCACUCGUCCAACCUGCGGCGCCACGUGCGCACGCACACCGGCGAGAAGCGCUACCGCUGCGGCCGCUGCGGCAAGGCCUUCGUGCAGAGCUCGUCGCUCGUGGUGCACAGCCGCACGCACACGGGCGAGAAGCCCUACCCGUGCCCGCAGUGCGACAAGGCCUUCAUCGACACCUCCUCCUUCCGCAAGCACCUGCAGACGCACGCGCGCGAGCAGGCCCUCGCCUGUGCGCAGCGCACCCGGCCCUUCAGCCGCACCGCGCCGCUGGCCACGCGCAGACGGCUGCCCUCGGAUGGCGGCCUGCGGGCCAGUGCGGACGGGAGGCUGCCCCUGCCCCUGCCCCUGCCGUAG